CGUCACCGUGCAAAAUGCUGUGUGAGAUCAAGAACGCACAAAAAUGACGGUAAUUUCUUCGUCCUGUCCUGCUGCAGGCCUCAGAAUGGCUCUAUGAUCCUCUACAACCGUAAAAAGGUGAAGUACAGGAAAGAUGGCUACUGCUGGAAGAAGAGGAAAGACGGGAAGACCACCCGAGAGGAUCACAUGAAGCUUAAAGUCCAGGGGGUAGAGUGUCUGUAUGGCUGCUACGUCCACUCCUCCAUCAUCCCCACCUUCCAUCGUAGAUGCUAUUGGCUGCUGCAGAACCCGGACAUCGUGCUGGUGCACUACCUGAACGUGCCGGCAGUGGAUGACAGCGGGAAGCCGUGCGGUCCGGUCCUCUGCUCCAUCAACACGGACAGGAAAGAGUGGGCCAAGUGGAGCAAAGAGGAGCUCAUUGGACAGCUCAAACCUAUGUGUGCUGGAAGCAGCCUGCAUCAGAAGUGUUCCAGUGUGAAGCAGCGUAUUAUCUCAUCCAAACAGGAAUCCGGAGCAGGAGGAGGGACAGCAGUAGGAACCAGUGUAGCAGCAGGCCAGAGAGCUGAGGAAGCAGAUGGCACGGAGGUCCAGAACAGUGAUGUAUCGGAGGGCCAGACUGAGCCCAAUCCUGGCGGGGGGCGGAGUCGGGCAGGUGGAAGCGAGAGGAGGAAUGGCAGGAUAACCAAACCUUCCCUUCUCCCACAGAGCAGCAUGGAGGUGUCUUCUUCCACCUCGACCAACCAGGUGGAGGUACCCGACACCACCCAGAGCUCCCCUCUGUCUAUUGCCAGCGACAUGGCUGACAGCCCAGCUCUCGCCAUCGGCACCGGCUUGUCACAAAGCACCGCUGUGUUCAUGUCUGAGGUCACCACUCUAACUGGCGAUUCGGUAUACUCGGCCGGCCACACCCACCUGUUGGCUUCGACCCACGAGAGUACCACCACGGGCAUCCUGUUGGCUGUCGCCCCUGACAACCAGAGGUUUGCAUCGUUCAGUGGAGGAGUGGGCUUAGGGGAAGGAGGAGAGUUGGUUCUGUCCAGUUCUUUAGACUCUGGAGUUGGAGUCAGCCUUCCUGAGACCACCAUGACCUUUGACCCCGACUGCUUCCUCAACAAUCCCAAGCAGGGCCAGACGUACGGGGGAGGCGGAGGGAAGACAGAGGGAUGCAAUGGUGACGAUGGGGGACUCCACUGCUCCACUAACGGCUUCGUUUACAACCCGGCCCUCGUCAACAACAUCAAGACGGAGGCCACGCCGCUGGAGCAGCCGCUGGCGACCCAGAACAGCUACGUGGGCGAAGGAACCGGCCUUAGCCCCAGCACCACCCUGGAGCAGAUGGACUUCAGUGCUGUCAUGUCAUCGGCCUGUGUCUCAAGUCUGAACCAGCCGUCACACCACCCCUCCCCGGGCCUCUUCCUCCAGGCCUCCCCCCAGACAACCCAGCCCUCUCAGCUGCAGGUCAACGGCACCAAGGCAACCCAGGAAUCCAGCGAAACGCGGGCCUACAUCGGCCUCCCCCCGAUGGUCACUGAAUCUCCUGUCACCAACGGAGAACCGCAUACACACCUCCACCAAGUGAGCACAGACCAGCUGUGUGCGAGGAAUGGGCAAGCGGCAGCGGUCGGGUCGUUUCCCCUGACAACGCAAGACGUUGAGCAACCAGACAGCAGGAGCCACCAGGAGGUCGCAGCCUUGGAGAAACCGACGGAAAACGGAGAAGAUUUGCUCCUCAAGGCCGGGGAUCCCCACGAGGCCUAUGCGAGUGUUGACGCCAAGCAUUUUCUCCAGCCCACAGAUGACACCGGAGGGGGGGACGAGGGCGGAGGGGGCGGAGGAGGAACGGAAAACGAAAUUAUAUGUAAUGGCGUGAGCAUUUCAGGUGCCAGUAGCUCAGUGGUGGCCAGUCCUCAGUCGAUAGGUGUAGGUGCUAACAUCGAAGGUGCUCUCUACAGCUCUCCGCUUCCUCAGCAAGGUGCAGGGGUACCGGCAGCGACAGCCGGGGCCGGGGCGGCUAUCAGUCUGGAAGGUUUCGAGGCGUCAUUUGGAAGCCAGUUCUCCGAUCUCAUCAACGACUUCAUCUCCGUGGAGGGGUCCGGGGGAGGGGUGGCGGCAGCCGUCUCUGGGGUCCUGAUGCCCCAGGAGGGCGCGGCAGGAGAGGAACACAGCACCGCGGCCGGUCACCUGCAGGCGUCCGAGGUGGAGCAGGGGGCACUGGGACUGCUCCAGGAGACCGGCAGGCUGUUCGGCGUGACGGACUACUCCCCAGAGUGGUCUUACCCAGAGGGGGGAGUAAAGGUGUUGAUCACUGGUCCCUGGUUGGAGUCCAGCAGUGAAUACAGCUGCCUCUUUGACCACAUCAGUGUCCCAGCUGCCCUCAUCCAGCCCGGGGUCCUGCGCUGCUACUGCCCAGCUCAUGACACAGGACUGGUGAUGCUGCAGGUGGCCAUGGGUGGCGAGGUCAUCUCUUCUUCUGUGGUGUUUGAAUAUAAGGCGCGCGACCUACCAGCACUGCCAUCUUCUCAGCACGACUGGCUGUCCCUGGAUGGUGAGAGAAAAUAUUUGUUUACUGAAAAGAUAAACCUGUCUGUUCACAUUCAAGAGGAAAGAGCCUUUCAGUCACGCACACCUCGACUUUUGCCUAAAUGUGUCAGGCACAUUUUUUGAAUUGAGAAAAGUUAC